AAAGAAACAAAUAAGAAGAAAAGGGAUGGGGAGCUCAGAUCACUGACCUCGCCUUUGCUACUAUUCAUCAAAUCACCAUACCCUUACAGCUCUCUACGAUAUUUCGCUGGUACUGGGCUUUUUUUUAUAUUUUUUUAACCCAGUUUCAACCUCCAGGACGAAAUUCCAAAAAGAAUAUUCCAUACACAUGUUAUCCCCUCGGACCAAAAGACAACUGCGCAAGCAGAUAUUCCCGCCUCGGCCGCCAACACGCACACGCAGCAAGAAUGCCUCGGUCAGGCGCGAGAGCAUCAAGAACAAUAACAACAAUAGCGACGGCAACAAAACCAACAACAAACCCACCCAAUCAAAGCCCCAACCCGACAAAACAGCAACAGAAGCAGUACCAGCAGCACCCGCCGGCGUCGACAUCGACAUCCGGCACAUCCCACACCUCAUCUCCAGUGCCUGGGCGGAUCCCGACCCGACGCCAUUCCUAUCCCACUUUGCCCCGGAUCUCGUCUACGUGGACCAUGGCGCACAGCUGAGGAUCCUGUCGUCCGGCUCGCCGCUGCGCCGCCACCACCGGGACCGGUGGGGGAGCAAGGGCAGUCACCGCGACGACUCCGAUGCCGCCGCCGACGACACCAGUAGUGGUGGUGGCGGAAGCGACAGCGGCUACGACGGCGUGCUCGUGGCAUGCGAGGUCGAUCCGGACCACGAAGUCUGGUGGCGCGACAUCGAUCUGGAAGCCGGCUGUGGGAGGUGCAGGUACCGGACUCUGAACAGGGGUUGGAGGAUCGGCGGCGAAGACGAGGUCGAGGGUGGCGGUGGCGGUGGUAAGCAGCACCAGCAGCAGAGACGAGGAGACAGCUGGCAGUUUUCCGGGGUCGUGGAUCUGGUCAUCGAGCGCGGCAAGAUCGCCAGGUUCGAGGAAUGGCGUCGCCUGCCGGUUGAGGAUGGGGCUGGGGGAGGGCUGGCGCCAAGCGAGUACAAGGUGCUCACUUGA